GGAUACUUGAAGCGUCUAACAAACACUGAAGACCGCGACGAGCAUCAACGCGAUGGAAGAGAAGCAAGUUCGCUAUGAGAAACUAGAGUUCUUAGGCGAAGGACAGUUUGCUACAGUUUACAAAGCUAAAGAUUAUACGACUGGGAAUAUUGUUGCCGUCAAAAAGAUCAAGGUAGGAACACGGGCUGAAGUUGCUGAUGGAAUCAAUAGAACUGCUCUCCGGGAGAUCAAGCUGCUUCAGGAGCUCAGCCAUACACAUAUCAUAGGCCUUCUUGACGUCUUCGGACACCGAUCAAAUGUCAGUCUUGUUUUUGAUUUUAUGGAAACUGAUUUGGAGAUUGUUAUAAAAGAUAAUGAGAUUGUCUUGACACCAGGACAUAUAAAGUCAUAUACAUUACAAACUUUAAAAGGUUUGGAGUACCUGCAUUCCCAUUGGAUAUUACACAGGGAUUUAAAGCCAAACAACUUACUUAUAAACCGACAAGGUAUACUUAAGCUUGGAGAUUUUGGUCUGGCGAAGUUCUAUGGAUCCCCCACUAGGAUCUACACUCACCAAGUUGUAACCAGAUGGUACCGUUGUCCUGAGUUGUUGUUCGGUGCACGUCAGUAUGGUACUGGAGUGGACUUGUGGGCUGUCGGCUGUAUCCUCGCAGAACUCUUACGAAGGGUGCCCUUCCUUCCAGGUGAAACAGAUUUGGACCAGCUGAGUAGGAUAUUCCAGACGCUGGGCACACCCAGUGACAGUGACUGGCCUAAUAUGACCGAUUUACCCGACUAUGUGCAAUUUAAGGAAUUUCCUGGCACGCCGCUACGUGAGAUUUUUAUUGCGGCAUCAGAUGAUUUGUUGGAGCUCCUCUCUAAACUUCUAGAUAUGGACCCAUUACAGCGAUGCACAUCCACACAAGCGUUACAGAUGGACUACUUUAUUAUGAAGCCCCAUGCCACUCCAGGCCACCUACUCCCUAUGCCCGGCAGUAAUAAAAUUAAAGACCAGAACCAAAUCGACAACAGAUUCAGCCUCAAACGGAAACUACAGGGGGAUACAGGUGGCUUAGUGAAGAGAUUGGUGUUUUAGAGGAACAUGGAGGGAAAAUGCCUCAAAUUGAUGGAGUGAUCUCAGUUGAAAGAUAUUGUUAAACAAGAAAACCAGGACUUCACUUCUUCGACAAAUGUUUCUUUUCCUCAGGAAAGGACAAAAAUUCAGUGUGAAAGAUUUGAGGAAAAAUUGUAAUUAACUGAUAGGUUAACUCAUUCACCCCUGAAGACACAUCUGAACUCUUCCAAUUCAAUGGUUGGAAUAGUUCAUUAUGAAACUUCAGGGGGGAAUGAGUUGAUUGACAUUUUGUUAUAAGUGCAAAGUGUAUAAGACAAUGGAGAGUCAUCCUCCAUGAAAAGGGAGCAAAAGUUGAGUGAAAUAAUGAUUUGACAGUACAUAGAGACUGGAUUGAGAGUGAGUGUGUGCCAAAGCAUCAUCCUUGUUGUUAAUUCACUAUUUAUUACACUCAUCACUUGUUGAUCAUUUCGUGCACACAACCCUUGUUACAGAGAGUCGGAUGGAAACGUAGCUUGUUAUAUUUACCUUGUGACUACCGGUUGUAAUGCCAGUAUAUCAGAUGUCUGAUGUUCAUAAACAAGCAGUGUUUAUAUUCUUUGAUCAUGUUCAUCUGACACCCCUGUUAAUUCGUGAAUUCAGAUCCUCAUAAUUGUCAGAAAUAUAACAAACCACUGUAUAUUAUACAUGUUAAAUUUUGUUUAAAAUUCUUAAAUAUAUAUGAGAGAAAAAACAAAGCUAUGGUGUCACUUGGUAGAUAUAAUAAGUGGAUAUGGUAAAUACAAGGUUAUUCGGGCUCAGCCAAGACAAGAUGAAUGACAUGGUCUUAAGCUUGCCCCAGUAAACUUGGUAUUUGAGACACUUAAGAAAAUCUUAUGUAAGAGUUGUUUGUGAAAAGGAGAAAAUGUUUCUAUUAUUAUCAUUUCUAUGAAGGCAUUAUUACAAGUCCGUAGUUGUUAGAGGUCGUGGUUAGUUUGCAUUGAAACUUUUUAUUAUUUUGUUAUUUUAUGUUCUGUGAUUUUUUUUUUACAAUCGUGUCUUCACCAUACAUGUAACUAAAUGCUACGACAUUCUGACCGCGGCAAAAACAAAUGUUUUAGAAUAUUGUUGUGUUAUCACUAAUUGUUCAGUUCAUUGUGUACACAGGGAAUUUCAACUACCAAUUGAAUAUUCUUUGGUAACAGAAGACAUGAUGCUCUUUAUACAUAAAACCUUGAUACAUUGUAUUUAAGAACUUACUGAAAACAGGGAGUAUCUUGUUUAUGUCAGCAUGGAGUACAUUGUGACUAGUACAUGUUUAUGUCAGCAUGGAGUACAUUGUGACUAGUACAUGUUUAUGUCAGCAUGGCGUUCAUUGUGACUAGUACAAGUUUAUGUCAGCAUGGAGUACAUUGUGACUAGUACAUGUUUAUGUCAGCAUGGAGGACAUUGUGACUAGUACAUGUUUAUGUCAGCAUGGAGUACAUUGUGACUAGUACAUGUUUAUUUCACGGACCACCUGACCAGUCACCACUUAUCACCUGCCAGUAAUGCAUGUCCAAUAAUUUCUGUCAUCAAUACAGGAACCACAGGGGUCCAAAUUGAAAAAACAAGUUCACUAUAGGCAAGUAUUCGGAGAUUUAUGUUAGGUGACAGUAGCCAUAAUUAGAAUCCUCCUUAGGAUCCGGAGUUGUAAUUAUUGUUUGGGGAAUCAUGUUGGAACACCUUAGAUUUUACCUUUGAUAAACAUUAUGGAAUUGUAACCUUGGAGUAGUUAUCUUUUAGUUUUGUAAGUUUCAUAUCAAUUUAAAUCAUAUUCAAUUUCUAAAUAUUUUUUUUUUAAAAAGUUGCAUCAAAAAAAUGUCCAGAAAUAGAAAAUGAUUCGAUUGGAGGUACACAGACUCAGAAGUAUGAACAAUCUAGAACAAAUGCUGUCAGUACUUAACAGCAUUUCGCACCAAAAGAUGUGACGUAAUGUAUAGAGUAAGAAGAUUUACCCCAACCUUAAUUUCCAUGAGACAUAGAUAUGGGUUCAUUACCAGCACACAUUUACAAUACAACAGGUUUUACUGUGUGUGAGCAGCAGGUUAGUCAAAGUGUGUUAUGUAAAUAAUUUGGAACUGUGCCAUUGAAUACCCUCAUUACUACAAUACUUUACAAAUGAUAAAAUAGUUUGUGCUCCAACUGUGAUGUAACUUGUAUAUUUAUCAGCAUCUGCCUGUUCAGAGCUCCGUUAAUCUGUGACAUGUUUCUUUUUCAAAAUAUGCAGUUUAGUUUUAAGUAGUUUAUGAGAAAGUUUUGCACCAAGUUGAUGUAAUAUGGAUCAGAUAAUGGCCUUGAGUGUUAUGUUUAAUAGGAGGGUGACAGAAGCACUGUAUAACUAGGAGGUAGACAAUAUCAGUACACCCCAGAACUAAUCUAAUGCACACAAAAAGUUGUUUGUUUAUAUGUCGACAUUGUCAUAGUAUUAAAAGAAGCAAAUUCCUGCUAAGAUAUUUUUUUAAAUUCUCAUAUUUGGAUUUUGAUUUGUCUACUAUUAAAGUCUAAUGUAAAGCUAUCAUAUUUUAUUGUUAAUAUUUGCAUAUUUCAACUCAAUAAAGACUCAUACAUAUUAGUAUUAAUCAACCUGUUGGGAAGUUUAUAAUCUCGUACAAGCUUAUUUCUAGACAUUGUUCUCACUUGUGUUUGAUAUCUCUCUGCUAGGAACAUAGUUCUGCUCCAGCUCAAAGUCUAAAGAUUCUUACAUAGUUUGGCCUUAGACCUACUGAAUACAAGAUGUUUACUGCGUAAUGGUAUAUUUUGACAUCAGAUCUACUGAAUACGGGUUGUCUAAUUUUUAAAAUAACGUUUACAUAUAAGUGAGUUAUUUCCUGACAUAUAUAUAUUAUCCGUUUUCAUACCCCUACUAUUAUUGUGCUUGCCUUUUUUCACUCUCACUUCCUUAGAUCAUUAAUCCUUAACAUCUGGUUAGCUUAAAAAAAUGAAAAUAACAUUUACAAAAUGCAUUAUAUGCCCGAUAUACCAUGUAUAUAAAAAGUUUCCAGUUGACCCGUGACCUUUACCUAUUUCAGAAGUCAAAUCGAACUUUCUCUCUGAAUUUUGGAGUCAAACUUAUGUCAGAUUGACAGGUCUUGUUACUGGUCAAGGUUUGUUAUCUGGAACCAAUCAAAUUCUAUCAUGAAAAGGUUAAAGGGUACAGAGUAUGUAUGUAAUAUCUUGGUUUUUAAGAUGAAUCAGCAGCCAUAUGGAUUGUCCACAUAAAGUCGCUGUUUAAAACCUGAAUAGUUUAAUGCAGACAUUGCAUAACAGUUGUACAAAUUUAUAACUAAAAACUUUCAGGCAACUGAAAUGUAGAUUAUGCAAAUCUACAUCUCAUAAUCAUUUAUUUAAAAAUUGACAAUCUGUCGCAAUGUAUUGCUAUAAAGAUAAACUUAGAAAUGAUUUGGUAAACAAAAAGUGAUUCAGCAAUUUCAUGUUUAGAAAAUUCAACAAUAAUGGUCCAUUUUCAUGGAUCUUAUUUUUACUUUUCCUCUAACAAGUUCUCACGUUUUCAUUGUACACGCACGAGUUAUACACAUGUAAGGGUUCACUGUCUACAUACAUUUUGCUGUUUUAAAUCCUAUGUUCUAGAGGAAGUAGAAUUUAUCAAAGUGAAAACAUAGUGUUAUAGAAAAAUAUCUGAAAUAUAUAACUGACCUCAAUUUUGUUUGACCUACUUCUCUUUAUAAGACCAGAGUUUGCAGAAUUUUAUUGGAAAUGUGGGAUAUGAUAAUUGGUGAUAGCUUCGAGUUCAUCACCGACCUGAUAUAUAACUGGUUAGGAUUUCAGUGUAAGAACUCAGAGACAUACACUUUUGUGUUGAUUUUAACCUCACUGUCACAAUGAUGCAAUUUUUUUGUUAUUUUCUUGACUAUGCACCUUUGAAAUGGGAUUUUGUUAGUAGUUGCAGGUACAACCAGUAUUGGUUUGCCUUGGUAGAAUCUUGCCUCUAGAAUGAUAUUAUAUCUUAUACAGCUGAUUAAAGUACCCUUUCUAAUGUAGAUUUAACCAAUGGCAAACACUAUGCUGUUAGUUUACACAAAUAUAUUUAUUUAGUUCCUAUAAGAAAGAUAGAAAAUGUGCAAAAUAUCAAAUCAGAUAUUCAAAUUGCCCAGUAUCAUUGAAACUGUGGGUGAACACAUUUUUAUUUGCUGACAUGUGAUAAGCUUCUUUUGUUUUGGAACCUCCAAUCUACAGAUUGCCUAUAAUACAAUAUAACCAAAUGUAUACUUGUCACAUAUGGUGUCUUUGUAGGAAGAAAACAGAUAAAAAGUGUGACAUACUGAUUUCAAUCGGCGUUUUGACAACUCAUUAUGCUAUGUCGUUCAUGUGACUGUUGUAUUGCACAGUUUAAUUGGUCCUACAUACAAAGAGAAAAGCAAAAAGUGUGUCCAUUGAAAACCAGGGUAUUGGAUAAGAGUAUUUUAAUGCUGACGUGCAGUUAAGCUUUGACAUAUUAGGUAAACCUGUGUUAGAAGGUGUCUUAAUUAGAUUUGUUAUAGUUUGUUUGUCAUUGAUUCAUGCGAAAUAAAUGAAAUAUUGUUGUGCAAUUAAGUAUGUGUGAGAAAACACUUCGGUUAAGCAUAAAGGAUAAGAAAGCCUUCAAUUACUCAGUAACUUUAUUUUUAUAAAACUGAUCAAUGAAAGAAGGGGUUUUUGCAUGUAUUCUGGUUAAUACUUAAUACAUGUAAUUUAACAAACUUUAUCCAGGUUAUCGAUUUGUCAGAAGACAUGUAUAAGUCUUCUUGACAAACAAAAUUUCACAUAUUAAAUGAGUUAAUAAUGCAUAACGAAAACAAAAAUGCUUAUGAAUUUUCGUGAAUGCAAAUUUUAGAGAGCAGAAAGUAUGUUUUUGUGGUUGUUUGUUUCAGGGAUAAAUAAGGUUGACCUGAGCGAUGAGGCAAUAAAGCUUCAUCAAUUACGUAGACUGUAACAAUUCUCCCUUUAAACAUACAAGCAAAACAAACGAUGUAUAAAUGUGAGCAGAAUCUAAAUAAAACAUGUUAUCUAGA